AUCACAACCGGUUUCUUCCUCACUCUCAUUACCUCUGAGACAGAAACUAGGGUUUGCAUUUCGCAGCAGCAAUGGCGCCGAAGGAGAGAGCACCUAGGGUUAGCAGAAACCCUGAUUUGAUCAGGGGAAUUGGAAAAUUCUCAAAGUCUCAGAUGUACCACAAGAGAGGUAUUUGGGCUAUUAAGGCCAAAAACGGCGGCGUUUUACCUCGCCAUGAUCCCAAACCUAAGCCUGAAACCCCUGCUGAGAAACCACCCAAAUUUUACCCUGCUGAUGAUGUUAAGAAACCCCUUCUUAACAAGCAUAAGCCUAAACCUACCAAGCUCAGGGCCAGCAUUACCCCAGGAACAGUGCUGAUUCUUCUUGCUGGAAGAUUCAAGGGAAAGAGGGUUGUGUUUCUGAAGCAGCUUCCUUCUGGAUUGCUUCUUGUAACUGGUCCCUUCAAAAUUAAUGGGGUUCCCUUGAGACGUGUGAAUCAGUCUUAUGUGAUUGGCACAUCCACCAAAGUGGAUAUCUCCGCUGUCAAUGUGAGCAACUUUGACGAUAAGUAUUUUUCAAAGGACGCCAAGAAAAAGAAGAGCAAAGGAGAAGGCGAAUUCUUUGAGUCAGACAAAGAGGAGAAAAAAGUUUUACCUCAGGAGAAGAAAGAUGAACAGAAAACUGUUGAUGCUGCAUUGAUUAAAGCGAUUGAGAGUGUCCCGGAUUUGAAGACUUAUCUAGGUGCUAGGUUUUCUCUCAAGGCUGGCGUGAAGCCACAUGAGCUAGUCUUUUAGGCUGGAUGAAAUAGUGAUGUUAUGCUUUGUUGUUAUAUUUUUUUUAAUGGAACUUGGUUCAGAUAGUUGCUCUUUUUUUAAUUUAAGAUUCUAAUUUUGAUGAGAAA